AUGGGUUAUGAUGGCAACAAGUCUGAGCGCAUAUCACACAGGAUAUGGCUGCUGACUGCACUCCUCGCUUGUUUGCUUCUGAACGUGGCCUACUCUUCUAACCUCACUGCCAUACUUUUAUCGGAGACAAACGAACUUCCCAUUAAAACUUUACAAGAUAUUUAUGACAGAAGAAGCGAAUACUCGCUGGGACUCGUCGGAGACACUUUUGCAGUGGAUCUCUUCAAGUUCGCUGGGGAUAACGACGUUCUCUUACGAGAUCUGUGGAGGGAAGUGAUCUCGAAAGAUCCUCGGAACAUCGCUAGCGAGAAGGCCAACGUCGAACGAUGUCUUGAGGACAGUAAACAUCUUGCAAUCAUGGACUAUCAUUAUUACAUUGACAAUUUUGCAGACUGCCGACUGACCGUCCUUCCUGAGAAAGUGAUCACGGCUUCAAUUUCGUUUCCUAUGCGUCGAAAUCAUCCCGCCAACCCCAUCAUCAACUUCGAGUUACUGAAGAUGUCGGAGAGCGGAGUGCUGCAGAAGCUGCUGGCGCGCUGGCACGGCGGUGGCCGAGCCUGCGAGUCCGAGCUGCUACACGCGCUGGGACUCGCCGAGACCUACACCGCUUUUGUGCUGCUCGCGGUCGGCGUCACCAUUGCUAGCGUCUUGCUCGCUGUCGAGAACUUCACGUGA